UCAUCGCUUCUAGGCUGGUUUUCGUGGAGCGGCAUUCAUGAAUGCGAGGCCAAGUUCGUGCCGGAGUUCUUUGAUGGGAAGUCGUCCUCGAAGAACCCUAGGGUUUACAAAUACUACCGGAAUGCCAUCAUACGGCGCUUCCGAGAAAAUCCUAAUCGGAAAAUCACUUUCACCGAGGUGCGGAAGACAACAAUCGGUGAUGUGGGGUCCAUUCGCAGGGUUUUUGAGUUCCUUGAGACAUGGGGUUUGAUCAAUUACGCCGGUUCUACUACCAAGCCUCAGCUGAAGUGGGAGGAGAAGGAGACCAAGUCCGCUGCUGCUGCCGCCGCCGCUCAGGGCAGCGACAUUGCUGCUGCUUCUAGCGGCGGGGCCGCUGAUUCAGCACAGAAGAAGAGGGUUUGCAGUGGUUGCAAGGUCCCUUGUACCAUUGCUUGUUUCGCAUCUGAUAAGCACGAUAUGACACUUUGUGCGAGGUGCUAUGUCCGGGGUAAUUACAGGUUGGGUUUGAGUUCGACGGAUUUUAAGCGGGUUGAGAUUAGCGAAGAGGCAAAAUCAGAUUGGACUGAUAAAGAGACUUUGCAACUUCUAGAAGGUAUAAUGCAUUAUGGUGAUGACUGGAAGAAAGUCGCUGAACAUGUUGGGGGAAGAAGUGCGAAGGAAUGUGUUGCUCGAUUCGUAAAGCUUCCAUUUGGCGAACAGUUUGACGGUCCUCCAGAAUCUGCAGAGCCUGAUACUGAGUUAGGUUUACAAAAUGUAGCCAUGCCAACAAAAAGGAUGCAUCUCUCGCCACUUGCCGAUGCAAGUAAUCCAAUUAUGGCGCAGGCUGCUUUCCUAUCCACAUUGGUUGGAGUAGAUGUUGCAGAAGUGGCAGCUCGUGCUGCAGUAACGGCUUUGUCUGAUCUUGUCAAUAUAAAACAGAAAGAAUCUGAUAUUGCAACAAAUGGUAAUAACCCAAACACAACAGAAGAAGCUCUUCUCGAAGCAAAUUUGCAGCUUGAGAAGGAAGAAGAGGAGCUGGAGAAAGCAAUAUCUGGAAUUGCGACUCAGACGAAGGAGAUGGAAGAAAAGAUUAUCCACUUUGAGGAAUUCGAGUUAGAAACAGAGAGGAAAAGGCAGCAAUUCCAACAUUUGCAGAACCGUCUGUUUGUCGAUCAACUAACUAUUCUGUUUCACAAAACUGCUGCACCCAAGGCAGGCGAGAAGGCUGUCAAGAGUGAGUGAUUUCUUGAUGUUAUUACUUGUCUUUGUAUAACUCGACUGUCUCUUUGAUCUUCUUUGUGUUAUAGUAAUUUUAAUGGAUGUGAAAGUUGGUAGUCGUAGGUUUUAAUAUAUGUUCAGUUUGUUUGUUCCGUCUCAGCCUGAAACGUGUUCUAUAGUAUCUCGACUUAUUUACGUUAGUUGUUUGUAUCAGUUUCUUAAAAUCGAGUACUAUAGCACACGUUUUUUGUUAAAAA